UCUAUUUAAUAAUGUUAAAAUAUAAUUUGAUUAAUUACGUAUAACUAUUCUGCAUUUAAAUUUGUUAGGAAAUUUUGUUUAACAUUGCAAUCGUACAAGGCACAGUCAAAUACCUACAUACAUAUGUAUAUAGUUUUCAUCUUCUUAAGCAAAUUGCAAACAUUUUUAAAAAAUGAGGUCAUAAUUGUGAUCACAGUGCAUAUUAAUAAAAUUAAUCUUUCAUUUUAAAUAGAUACUUUGAUUAAUACAUAAUAUAUUGGUGUAAAAUUAAAGGCAAAAAAUUUUUCAAAGAGAAAAAAAAACGAGAUUUUUAAGUUGACAAGGAAUCUUUUAGAAGAAUAGACAGUGUUGUUCAUUAAUCAACACAUUAAUAAAGAAGUAAAUUUUAUAUCGUAUCAAGGCAAAAAUGAGUAAAACAGGUUCCAGCGGUCCACCAACAGCACCACCACAAUACACAUAUGUCACGCCACCUCAAGCACCACCCAGUUAUCAAGAAGCCGUUGGCGGUGUAAAGCCAGUAGGUCAAUUCACUCCAGUUGCUCCCGUCAACCAAAAUUUGGUAACAACAGUUGUACCAAUUGCUCGGAAUAGUACACAUAUGAUAUGCCCCCAUUGUCACGCUGAAAUAAAUACAUCAACUAGAACUGAGCCAGGUUUAAUCGCAUAUUUGUCAGGAUUUGUAAUUGCUCUGUUGGGAUGUUGGCUUGGCUGUUGUCUAAUUCCAUGUUGUAUUGAUGAUUGCAUGGAUGUCCAUCAUACCUGUCCUAAUUGUAAAGCUUACUUGGGCCGUUAUCGCAGAUAGAUAAUAAGCAAUCUCAUCAAGCUUUAUAUAAAAGCAAUUUUUUUGAGUCAAAUAUAUUAAAUUUAUGUAUGUUAUUAAAUAAGAACUAUUCGCACAAAAUCGUAAAAAGGAAAACAAAAAACUCUAAAUUUUGUACAAACUGAUCCAUAUUUAAUUAAUAAAGUAAAUAUUUCGAUAGUUAAGAAUAAAAAAUAUUGAUACAUAGAGAUGUGUAUUGUGUAACCAAUGAAAAUUUAAAUGAAAUUAAAUAUUUACUUUUUUUUAACUGAUGUCUUCGAAUCCAUUUAAAAAUUAUAUACUAAGUUGAACCUUUUAUACA